AUGCCGUUUGCCCUUGGACGCGACGUUUUUUCUCAGGGCGACGCGUUGUUGAUGUGUGUUGUGGCACAGUUCAUUCACGGAAGCGAGCGACCCCCCGCCCCCACUCUCAACCGCAAGGCUGGAGCUGCUACGAAUGCGAUGGACCCCACAACCUCCUCCCAGCUCCCAACGCUACCCACAGAGGGAUCCAACGACAUCUUCUCCCUAUCCGACCAGACGCUCUCCGAGAGGCUCGAGUUCGUAGAAGAGAUUGGCUUUGGGAAUUGGGGCAGCGUCUGGCUGUGCAGGCCCAAGCCUGCGACGAAGGACGACGGCACCGUCCGGCCUCUAGGGCAGAAGAUUGCCGUCAAGCUCGUGCAUAGGUCCAAGACGUCCACGACGGCGGCGCGUGUGCGGUCGCUAUGGAACGAAAUGAAGAUCGUGCGCACGUUCAAGACAGACCCGCACCCGUCCAUCAUCCCAUUCCACUCGUUCAUCAUCACGCCCUCGUACGCCCUCAUCACGAUGACAUUCCUCCCCACACUCGUCCCUGUCGAAGUAGAAGAGUCAAAGGCGCGCGAGUGGUUCAGGUUCCUACUCUCAGGCGUCGAGUUUCUGCACAAACGCGGUGUUGUGCAUAACGACAUCAAGCCUGCAAACAUCCUGCUCUCACCCAAGAGCAUUCCUGUCCUUGUCGAUUUCGGCUUCGCAGAAAAGUAUGAAACGGAUUCAGAAACCGCGUUCCACAGCAACCUAUCCUAUGGUACACCAGAGUACCUCUCCCCCGAACGCGCCAGAGGCCUGCCGCAUGACACGCGCAAGUCCGACGUCUGGUCGCUCGGCGUGACGUUCUUUGAGAUCCUCGUCGGGCGGACGCCGUUCGAGAACUCGGAUGGCGAGCAGUUCAAUUCCAACGAGGAGCUGGAGAAGUAUUGGGCACGAACGCUCCGAGGCAAGUGGGUCGGCACCUGGCAGUUCUCGAAGGGCAUGGAGAAGCUCCUGCACCGUAUGAUCUCGCCCAACGCGGAUCUGCGCUGCACGGCCAUGCAGGCGAUGGCCGACUCGUAUUGGCAGGCGUCAAAGAAGGACCCGGCUUUGGUCCAGCAUAAACGCGCGUCAAGUUAUACAUCAUCGAUCGUGUUCGAAAAGGACGUCGAGAAGCUGCUCAGUUUGACUCCGCCGGCGUGGAAGGGCAAGGACAAGGAGAAUGUCAAGGGCCUGCUGCAGUCUCCCCCAGGCCUUCUUGACGUGUUCAGAGACGAGAACGACACGUCGAAGCGACGCACACUCGCCAAAUCAAGGUCGCAGCCCAAAGUCGCGUCGAGGAUCGCCCAACCAAGGAAACGCGUCCCCGUCCCGCCCGUCAUCGACCUCUCGCCCAUCAAAGCCUCGCCGACAUCCACGAACUCGCCGUUCUCGAGCGCCAACGCGAAGGAGAACAUCUCGUCGUUCAAUAGGCUCGCGAGCGUCGUUGCACAGGAUGACGCGCAGAAGAAGCGGCGCGAGCAGCGCGAGAGCCGGGUUCUUGCCAAUGCGAAUGCCAGUGCCAGUGCGAAUGCUGCCGAUACCUCCUUAUCCCGCAGUGCCAACACCCACCCCAACAUGACCACCAACGGACGGAGACCCUUUGGCACCCUCAAUGCGCGCGAGAACAUCCCUGCGCGUCCCUCGUCCGUCAUCGCGAAGAAGCCGUCAGGCCACUCGCACGGUGCGAAGGCGCACAAGGUCCUUGGCGAUAUCAGUGCCAACAUCAGUGUUAGUGCGAGUGUGGACAAGUCGAGAGACUCGUCGAGCGUGCGGGAUAGAGUCAGGGAGUGGGAAAGGGAGAAGGAGAGACUGAGGGAAAUGGAGAGGCUGGAGGAGCUGGAGAGGGAGAGGGAUGAGAUGUAUAGGAAGGAGAAGAAGGAGCGGGAGAGGAGGGAGAGGAAAGUGAAGGUGAGGGUGGGAGAGGAGGAGAAGGAGCAGGAGAAAGAGAAAGAGAGUCCAGAAACGGAGCAGGAGAAGCAUGACGUCAGGCCGGAAUCGAGAGGCCCGCAGGAAGAGGUCGAAGAGCCAACCUUAAGCUUAAAGGAGAGCAAGUCCGCCAACGCGUCUCAUUUGCAAAUCAAGAUCCCGCGUCCGAGUGGUGCAGUCUCGAGCAAGAAAGCGAGCAAUGGGCUGGACGCCUGGGAUAAGGAAAACAUUGGCUCGUCCGGCGUCUCGCCUGUGUUGCCGAUGUUCAGGCUUGGGCCGCCGUUGACGCAGGUGUUCAACAUCUCGACGGACACGCCCCCUCCGCCCUCAUGGACGCGCGGACAAAAGGAGAGCAAGACAAGCAACGGGUUCAAGCAUAGCAUCAAGCGGUCUAUCGACAAAACCGUCCAGUUCUGCAAGUCCUCUACGCUCGGACAGGUCGCUUCUGGAAGGACGACGCCCGCGCGCGGGUUCUCGUUUGACGUAAUGCGGUCGCCGCCCCCUGGCCAGCAGCAAGCCUCUGCGACAGCGAAGGACAGGGAGGCGUGGGAGGCACAGGCGGAGGAGAGCCUGCCUGAGAUUUCGCCCCUGCCUGUUAUCAGGAACGCCGCUGAGAGCGAGAGGAUAGCGGCGGACUCGAGGCUGGAUAGGAUGACGAUUUGGAUGAAAAAUGUUGAGAAAGUUGUAGAAGAUGCCAAACAGAAUUUCGCCUCCUCCACUGCGGCCAAGGACGUACCUCUCCCUCCUCUGCCACCGCCUCUCUCGCGCAAUGGAUCCAACACGCGUCCAUCGCGUCUGCCACGUCGCGUCCUCGCUGCCAGCCAGAUCUUCCAGUCGGACGAGAAUGGCAACAUCACCCCUAUGAUCGAUCAGAGCAUGAUGUCCGCCAACACCUCGUCCUUCCUCUCCCCGAACGACGUCUCUAGAAUCAGCACUGGGCCUGCCAGCCCAACCACCCCCAACACUAGCAUAGCGCAAGGUUCUCUCCUUCCCGCGAAGACCACAACUAUGACACCUCAAGCGACCACCUCUCCGCUUCCGAAAAACAUAGAAAGCCAAGGACGCAGCUCCCUCCAGAUCCCGGAGAUCCACACCCCUUCGAGGCAGCGUCGCGCGACUGUGACAACGCGCUCACCUGAGCCCGCCGACCCUGUCCUAGACGACCUCGAAGGUGGCUCCCCGUCGAAGAGGAAGGAGAAAUCGAAAUCCCACGGAAACCUCUUCCAGAGACACAUCGCGCCCCUCUCGUUCAUCGAAGCCGAGCUCGCGAAGCCGCUCGCUCCACCCGAGCCGAGCCCGAGCGAGAAGAGGCUCUCGCAGGUCAUUGACAGGAACUUGUUCAUCGCCCCUCCGCUUGGCUCGCGAGACGACCUCCUCGACUCGCAGGAGCUCGAGAUGCCCGAGAGGAGCUUGGAUGAUUCCCUGCAGGCGUCGCCGUACCACGUCGAGCCCUACCCACAGCGCGUCGGGCGCAGCCUCGACGUGCCGGUGCUCGACACGCCGAGCAGGAUCCGUGUAGAGGGCGUCUACGAUCGCUUCCUCAUGGCCACCUCGGGCGUCAAGCGACUUGGGAAGGGAUACCAGUCCGAGUACGCGCGGCCUGCUACGAGCGCCAGCACCGGCUUGGGGAUGUCGCAGGGCAAGGGCCGCCCAUUCUACUCGACGAGGAGGCCGAUGCCCCCGCCGGUGUCGAGCGAGGACUUGGCGCGCCGGACGGCGUCGGUUGAUGAGUUGGGGAAUAUGACGUUUGAGAGGAACGUCGGCGAAUUGCAGCCGGUGCAGCAGCAGCUGAAGGAGGGGUUGAUGAAGAAGGCGAUGAAGCUUAUGGUGCCGAGCAAGAGCACGUCGAAGAGGCUUUCGAGGAUUGGCUGA